AUGAGCCUCCAUCGCUCGCCGCGCAUUUCCGAUCCCGGCUGUCGUGUUUGGUUCGUUUCGUGACGAUUUUUCUGAAUUUAUACUCUUUUUGAACUUUUUUUUGGUAAAUUAAGGGAAUUUUGAACUUGUCAUUGAAUAAAAAUUUUCUGAAGACCUUAAAAAAAAAUCUCGACCCGUAAAAAAUCUUUUGCAAUCCUAAAAUUUGAAAGCAGCAUGAUAAAUUUGAUUAGGGUCUCAAAGAGAAGAGCCGCAUUCAGCAUUAUUUUUGGUCUGCGCCUUUAAGAACCAGAAUUUUUAAGCAGUCUUUAUUAUUUUGUACCAAUUUACUAGCACUACAAAGUUUGGAAGCCUCAGAAUUCUUGAUUUUUCCUCCUGAAAAUUUCAUUCAUUCUUAAAAUUUCUCUAUGGAAAUAUGAACCCUAACGACAUUUUUCCUUACUAAUUUGUGAAUUCAAGGCUUUUUUUAACUUAAUUUUUUUAACCUUUCUAUUUGAAAAAAAUUCCUUUUUGUUUUUCCGAACAGCCAUAAAAAGCAUUGCUAAAAAAAGUUUUUAUUGAAAAUAUAAAUAAAAAUUUCCAGGAGCUUAUACCGACCAGCCUCUUCCAGAGCCAAAAGGAAAGGAUCAAGGUGAAAAAUCCCUAAAAAAUCCUUCAAAAAUCCAAUUUUUAAGACCACCUGAACAGCUAAACGUCUCCAUGGAAGAUAUCGAGAAUCGAAAUCGGUUAGAACCAGGUAAAAAUAGCAAAUUAGCUCCACUGAUAAUUAUUUUUCAGGUUCGCCAAAGACGCGGGAAAUCGAGAGGCUUCAAAUGGAGAAUUUUCAAUUGAAGGAGACUAUUGAGAAACAGGGAAAGAAGAUAAAAGAAUUGAUGGAAGUGAUCCGGAGGAUGAAUUCGUUAGUUUUCAGUUUUUUUUUUGAAUAUUAAAAAUUUUAUUUUGUAGAUUUUUCAGUAUAAAUUUCGUAUUUGGGAGAGAAAACUUGAGCUUUUCAGCUUCUUAGGAACGCCAGAGUGGUCCCUACAGUUGUAGGAAAAAGCAGCCUCUCUAGGGGUCAGAAAAGUGGUCACUAUAGGGUUUAGGGUCUGCUGUGCCCUUUUUUCCAUGAUUCGAAUGUUAAUAAGACGUAUAUGGACCACUAGAAUGCUCCCCUAGAGUGGCCACCACUCAAAACCCCUAUAGGGGCCACUAUGCAAGCUCUAGGGAUCACAAAAGUGGUCACUAUAGGGUUUUAGGGUCUAGGCCCGGAGUUUGGGCUUUUUUCCAUGAUUCGAAUGUUAAUAAAACGUAUAGGGACCACUAGCACGCUCCCCUAGAGUGGCCACUAGCUUGAAACCCCAUAGGGGCCACUAUUCAAGCUCUAGGGGCGAUUAAGUGGUCCCUAGAGAGGAACCUUCAAAGUUCUUGGAGCUUGCCCCUUUAGGGAUCACUCUGGCGCUUCUGAGUCGUACUUGUCAUUAGUCGUAAGCCAUUUAAGCUUAAGUGGUCCCUAUAGUGGUGUUUCAAUUUCUUAAAGUUUACGCCAUAUUGUUGAUUUUUCCGCAUGUAAAUGCCUCUCAUAGAGUUUAUAGCAUACUCUUCUAAGGUGACCUCUUUUGCGAGCCUUACUAGUUAGUGCCCCUAUAGUGGUUGGUGAAGUGGUCCCUAGAGGGGAACCUUCAAUCACCUCUUAGGUUGCCCCUAUAGGGAAUACUCUGAAGUUCUGAAGUUCAACUUCAAAAAAAAGUCGAUCGGAUUUUUUACCUGAAAAAAAAGAUAAAACUUCUUGAAUUUUCGUCAUCUUUUGAGUGCCUUUCUUGCUUUGGAAAUUUUGUCAAGUUUCAAAAUUCGUAAUUUUCACGAUUGCGCUUUAAAAAUGUACUCUUUGAGAACCAAAUCUUCGUUUUUGGUAUAAAUGAGCUUUGAAAGCAUUUUUUUCGAUUUUUUCAAGAACCAGCCGAACUUUAAAGAAAAUCGGACGUUGGUAACGCGAAUUGAAGGAUUUCUAGGGGCCACUUUAGUAGUGUGAGCCCUUUUAAGUGAUCCCUAGAGAUGCUCAGGAACGUUCUCUUCCGUUACCGACACUUCACGGCAAUCCUAGAGACUACUUUAGUAGCUUUAGAACCCUUAAGUGAUCCCUAGAAUGCUCAGAAACGUUCUCUUCCGUUACCGACACUUCACGGCAAUCCUAGAGACUACUUUAGUAGCUUUAGAACCCUUAAGUGAUCCCUAGAAUGCUCAGAAACGUUCUCUUCCGUUACCGACACUUCACGGCAAUCCUAGAGACCACUUUAGUAGCUUUAGAACCCUUAAGUGAUCCCUAGAAUGCUCAGAAACGUUCUCUUCCGUUACCGACACUUCACAGCAAUCCUAGAGGCCACUUUAGUAGCGUCAGAACCUUUAAGCGAUCCCUAGAAUUCUCAGGAACGUUCUCUUCCGUUACCGACACUUCACGGCAAUCCUAGAGACUACUUUAGUAGCUUUAGAACCCUUAAGUGAUCCCUAGAAUGCUCAGAAACGUUCUCUUCCGUUACCGACACUUCACGGCAAUCCUAGAGACUACUUUAGUAGCUUUAGAACCCUUAAGUGAUCCCUAGAAUGCUCAGAAACGUUCUCUUCCGUUACCGACACUUCACAGCAAUCCUAGAGACCACUUUAGUAGCGUCAGAACCCUUAAGUGAUCCCUAGAAUGCUCAGAAACGUUCUCUUCCGUUACCAAUGUCCGAACAAUGAAAAGCCCUACAAGAUGAAGUUUUUCUGCUUCAAAACCUGUUUUCAAAUCCCUUAAGUGUUCAUUUUGAAGGCUGAGCGAGGUGGAAAGUUCGGACUCUCAAAACUUGGAGAGGUCUUCCGCCAGCGUGGUGCCGAUCCAAAGGGUCACGCCGAGCAAACGAGAAUCCUCGUCUUCUUCUUCACGUCGUCUGACGGAAGACGUGACGACGCCGAGGAGUUCUUCCAAUUCUGAUCCUCAGGUUUUCCUAUUCAAAAUUGUUCUUCAAUUGAAAAAAUACUAGAAAAAACUUCAAAAAAACUUUCCAAGAUUUUUAGAAAUUUUUUUUUAAGAGUUUAGAUAUGGAAUUAGCUUCAUUGGAAAAAAAAAAUCAGUAAGUUUAAAAUUUUCAGAGAACCCCCACGAAUGGACCAACGGCCCCAAGGCCACGAAGGAAUCUUUUUACGACGUCCAGGGAGGUGAAAAAAAUAAUUUUUUUCUGUUUGAGUGAGAAAUUUUUCUUAAAGGAGCAUAGGAAAAAUGGAUUUAAAGUUUUUGGCGGGAAAAACUUUUUUUGAGGUUUUUCAAGGCCAAUAUUGAAAAAAAGGUAUUGUAAAAAAACUUUAUAAAUCAUUUUCCCAAGUCUUGAGAGAACAUUCAGAGAAAUAGUGUGCGAAAAAGAGAGGUUUAGACAUUUUCCUUCAUAAAAUUUGAAGGCGCAGGCAGUCCAAAAAAAAAAAUAGGCUCCACAAAAUUCAAGAGUUAUGUUUACCUGGUUCUGAUUAUCAGUAAGAAAAAAGGAAACUUUUGAAAAUUUUUUUUAGCUCCGCCCUGCGCCUUUAUAAAAAUUUCAAAAUGUUCUGAAUUUUUUUAAAGGCGCAGAUGGACCGAAUUUCGAAUAAGCAGAUUUUUAGAAGCCUCCCACGCCUCAUCCGACUCCUCUCCAGCACUAUUUCUGCCUCGGCCAGCCCCAGGCUCAAAUCAAAUUGUAGGCAUACUGUAGCUUCGAUUUACCUGUACAUAUUUUGUUCUACAGCCUCCAAGCGCUCGAAAUAUUCAACCGGCCAGGUCGAGGAUCAGUCAACAGCGGCGGGAAGAAAUAGUGAGCGAAUUGAGAGCCGACAGACGGCGAGAGGUUCGUGGUGGGAUUCUCAGGGUUACGGUAGAAAAGGAGCUACAGUAAUUUCUAGAAUUUAAAGGAAUUCUGAACUGAUUCCUUCUAGAAGCAAAUGAAUAGCUUUUUUUGGAGGUAAUUUCGUGUUUUGCUGGUUACGGUACCUACAGUAACCAUAUUUUUACUUUUUAAGAUGUAAUUUGAUGAAGUUGUUUAGGUUACGGUAGUGAGGAAAAGCUACAGUAUCCCAUAGAAACUGUAAAUUUACAAAAAAUGUUCGCUCUUCUAAGCUGGGAUAGACCUACAGGACCCUUUUUCAUGAAUGUACAGCUGAAUUAUUCCUACCGUAACCCCCUAAAAUUGCCUUUUCCUCAAAAAAUCGCAAUUUAAAGGCGCGCGAACGACAUUUAUUGGACGAAGGUCCCGCCACGAUCCCGCGGCGGCGUACUGUAGCCGUGACGUCACCACAAAAUUUACCAGGCCAAGUUCAAAUCGAAGCGCUCGGGAAUUCGGUCAACCGAGAUUCGACUUGGGCUCAAGCCAGUCCAGUUAGGGUGAGGAUUACGGUGGGGUUACUGUAAUUGAUCUUAUGGGGUACUGUAAUUAUUUCUAGAGGUAGUUACUGUAUCGAUAGACAGUUGAAAUUUAAAGGCGCAGGGCGGUAAAACCUGGAUUUUGUCAUGCGCCUUUAAAAAUUUUUUUUCAUUGGGUGAUUUCUCUAAUGACCUGUUUACUGUUCAUUUUUUUCGGUAGUCUCAAAUUUCUAUAUAUUGCUCAUGUUAGCGUUCCAUUGCAUCCCAUUCUAGCAUUUUUUAAAGCCGAAAGUUUUGACUUAUUGGUAAAAAAAAGAAAGUUCAAUCUUUUUUGAAGGCGAAAAACAGUAAAAUGAGGUUAUUGUGUAAUUUCCAAUGGGACGCCGAAGGGCGACCUUAGGGGCCCUUUCCCUCUAGGGGUCACUUCAUUCACCUAUAGGGGCCACUAAAACUUGCCCAAAGUGACGUCUUUAGGGGAACUUCUGUCUCUCUGCCUCUAACCUCUGUAGAGAUGACUAAUGUCAAAAUAAUUUCGAAUUUUAACAUUGCUAAGUAUUGCUCAUUUUAGCUGUUUCUGGAGCAGAAUAAGCCGGAAUUCAUUCGUCGGAUGCAGCUACGACAACAAUUGAUACGGAUGGCUUCAAAUAGAAGAUCUGAACUUGAAGCUCAGAAAAGGGUGAGCUUGAGAAUGACCGAAUUUCAUGAUUUUUUGUCUCCGAAAGCAUAUGAAAAUUUCCAGAAAAGGAGGUCCUUUUUUUCCUGAAAAAAGAACCUUUUUGUACCUUUUUUAGAAGAAAAAAAGAAUAUUUUGUUUUUUUAAGGCCUCUUGAACCAUGCCCAUCAUUAUAAAAAUGAAAAAAAAAUGUUUUUAGAAACUUUUUCAUUUUUUUCUAGGAAGCCGCAAGAGCCGUCGUGGUUGGAGCUCAACACGUGACCAACGUCAGGAAUGUCCUUUUCACGGAUUCGACGAACAUUUGUGCCUUCAGUGAACAGGAAAUCCGGGAUCUGACCAAAAGGUGUUGGAAAUUUGGACCUUAUUGGUCAUAACUGAACGAUUUUUUUGAAGUUAUUCCGGGCCAGCUUUUUCCUCUGAGCUGUAGAACAUCUCCCUUUAAUGCGCGCGGUCCGUAUCUGUUCAUGCGCCUAUAAUUAGGCUUCAAAACUCUGUUUCUCAUUUAAAAAAAACUCAUUAAAGGCGCAUGCCCAAAGACAGGCCGAAAUAUUCCCCUGGAUGCGCCUUUAAUUUUGCCUCAGAACACCCCACUUUAUUAAAGGCGCAUGCACAGUGAAAACCCAAAAGCUCCAUUGGGAUGCGCCUUUGAUUUGACCUCAGAAGUUCUGUUUCAUUAAAGGCGCGUGCACAGAGACAGGCCGAAACUUCAUGCGCCUUUAAAUCGACCUCGAAACUUUGUUUUUUUAAAGGCGCAUCGAGAGAGACAGGUCAGAAACUUUCCCCUUUAAAUGCGCUUUUAAUUUGGCCUCAAAACUUUCGUAUUAUUAAAGGCGCAUGUACAGAGACAGGCCGAAACUUCCCGAGCCUUUGAAUUUGCCUAAAAACUUCUUUUUUAAAGGCGCAUGCACAGAGGAAGGUCGGAAAAUUCACUUGGAUGCGCCUUUAAUUUGGCUUCAGAACACCCCGCUUUAUUAAAGGAGCAUGCUUAAAGACAGGCCGAAACUUUCCCUUGGACGCGCCUUUAACUUUACCUCAAAACGUCUGUUCGUUUUUUAAAGGCGCAUGCACAGAGACGGUCCGAAGCUCUCCCUUCUUUUGGCUCGGCUUGUUUCUGUGCCUGCGCCUUUAAUUAGGCUUCAACACUCUGUGUUAUUAAAGGCGCAUAGACAGAGAAAGGUCGCGCGUAUCGAAAGGAAGCUCAUCGGGUUCUGUAAUAAAUGAAAAUCAUGACUUUGCGAAAUUGGCUACAUUUUUAUCAAAAUUCGAAUUUUGAAAAGCGGUUUUUUAGAAUAGAUUGGAAUUCCUAAAGCUUCUAGAUAAGAAAAUCACUAUUGAGAUCAAAAAUUUUUCAGAAAUAUACAAAAAUCCGGAGAUUACAAGCAUCGUAUGGGCCAAAAGGUGAUGCGGAUCGACGCUUUAUCGAAUCAAAUCUUGGCCAAAGCUUUUUCCGUUGUGAGUUUUCAAUUUAAUCUGUUUUUUCCCUUAAGGAAUCAAAAUUUUAAUAAAAUUACUCUUUUUUUGACAAGAUUUUUGAGUCAUCACUUAAGAGGGACCUUCAAAAUUUCACUUGAGGGGAGCUUAGAAACUUGUGAAACUUCUUAAGGGAUCCCUUCAAGGGAAAAAGCACCUGAGCAUCUUAUAAAAAUGGGGUUCGGAAAAUUGAAGUGGUCACUUAAGAAGAGAGGCUAGAAACGUUGGAGUCAGCACUAGAACAACUUUUCCUCUUAAGUGGAGCCUAGAAACUUGUGAAACUUCUUAAGGGAUCCCUUCAAGGAAAAAGCACCUGAGCAUCUUAUAAAAUGAACAAAUUUUCUGAAGUGGUCGCUUAAGAAGAGGGCCAGGAAAUGGUGCAAUGGGCACUAGAAAAAAAUUUUCCCUCAAGUGGAGCCUAGAAACUUGUAAGACUUCUCAAGAGGUCCCUUAAAGGCAAAAAAAGCUAGAACUAUCAUAGUUCAGCACCUGAGCAUCUUAUAAAAAUGGGAUUCGGAAAAAUUCUGAAGUGGUCACUUAAGAAGAGAGGAGUAAGCACUAGAAAAAUUUUUUCCCUCAAGGGGACCCUGGAAACGCGUAAAGCUCCUUAAGCGGUCCCUUCAAAGAAAAAAGCCAGCGCUAUCAUAAUUCAGCACCUGAGCAUCUUAGAAAAAAUGGGGUUCGAAAAAAUUCUGAAGUGGUCACUUAAGAAGAGAGCCUAGAAACGUUGGAGUCAGCACCAGAAAAGCUUUUUCCCUCAAAUGGACCCUGGAAAUUUGUAAGGCUUCUUAAGGGGUCCCUUUGAUGGAAAAAAAAGCUAGAACUAUUAUAAAUCAGCACUUGAGCAUCUUAUAAAAAAGGAACUCGGAAAAAAUACUGAAGUGGUCACUUAAGAAGAGAGGAGUAAGCACUAGAACAACUUUUCCUCUUAAGGGGACCCUGGAAACUUGUAAGACUUCUCAAGAGGUCCCUUAAAGGAAAAAAAGCACUUGAGCAUCUUAUAAAAAUGGAUUUGGAAUAUUCUGAAGUGAUCACUUAAGAAGGUACAAUCGGCAAAUAGAGAACUUUUUCUUCUACAAUAUUUAAAAAAAGAAUAAUUUUAUUCAAUUUCGAAGAACCAAGGCCUUUUUUUCGAAAAACACACCAAUAAUUUUGAAUGACCACUUGAGGGAUCAAGAAAAAAAAAUAAUCAAAAUGAAUUUUUCAGAGAGUACGACGAAGGAGCAGCUCAGCCCCCGAAGAUCUCUUCAGUUUUGAAAAAAAAUAUCUAUUUUCGAUUCUACUGCUUUUUUUACCUCACUGCCAUGUUCUCAACAUUGAAUUUCUUUAUUAUCCCCUUUUUUUUCGAGAAUGA